UCACAUGGACUCGGGAAUCUUUUACUAAACCAUCCCCAGCGUGCAAGCCAACAACUUCUCCUUAAAAUAAAACUGUCAUUGAACAGCAGUAACACUGAGAGGAAAGGAACCACUCGAUUCUAUCUAAGAAAAUAAAUCCUGUUUGCCAGCCAAGAUGUCGGACAGAAGCCCCUUUGAAACGGAUAUGUUAACCCUAAACCGGUUUGUCAUGGAGAAAGGACGGCGGGUUAAAGGGGCUACAGGAGAACUAACCCAACUCUUGAACUCUAUUCUCACUGCCAUCAAGGCCAUCUCUUCAGCAGUCCGAAAGGCAGGACUUGCACAUAUGUUUGGAAUUGCAGGCACUGUGAAUGUGACUGGUGAUGAGCAGAAGAAGUUGGAUGUGCUAUCAAACUCUCUGGUUAUUAACAUGUUAGAGUCUUCCUACAGUACUUGUGUCUUGGUUUCAGAGGAGAAUAAAGAAGCAAUUAUCACGCCAAAAGAAAAAAGGGGUAAAUAUGUGGUGUGUUUUGAUCCACUAGAUGGCUCUUCCAAUAUAGACUGUUUAGCUUCAAUAGGAACUAUAUUUGCUAUCUACAAGAAGACAUCAGAAGAUGAGCCUUCUGAGAAAGAUGCCUUGCAACCGGGACGCACCAUCGUCGCUGCGGGCUAUGCUUUGUAUGGCAGUGCUACGCUGGUGGCCCUUUCCACAGGAGAAGGGGUGGAUUUCUUCAUGCUGGAUCCGGCUCUUGGUGAAUUCAUCUUGGUGGAAAAAGAUGUGAGAAUCAAAAAGAAAGGGAAAAUCUACAGCCUGAAUGAGGGUUAUGCGAAGUACUUUGAUCCUGCUGUAACAGAGUACAUACAGAAGAAGAAAUUUCCUGAGGAAGGCGCUGCUCCCUAUGGAGCCCGAUAUGUUGGCUCCAUGGUGGCUGAUGUUCACCGUACGUUGGUGUAUGGUGGGAUCUUUUUGUAUCCAGCUAACCAGAAGAGUCCAAAGGGAAAGCUCCGACUCCUCUAUGAGUGCAACCCUAUAGCUUUCAUCAUUGAGCAGGCCGGAGGGAUUGCUACAACUGGGACUGGGGCAGUGCUAGACGUGAAACCAGAAUCGAUUCAUCAAAGAGUUCCCUUUAUUGUUGGCUCUCCUGAGGAUGUUCAAGAAUACCUUUCCUUCGUGCAAAAACACCAAAAAAGCAGCUAAUGGCCCUCUGAUGUUUUCUGUGUUCACCUCCUUUUUCACUGUAUAUUGGGAAAAGGAUGAUGCUGAAAAAUGAAACAAGGGCCAGAAUCCUGUUGAUGCACUUGCAGUUAUUUUUCCCCCAUGGUCAUGCAAGGUUGGCAAGGGAAAGCCAACAAAGGCUUGAAUCCUGUUGGUGUCUUAUACUUAUGUAUACGUUCCCCCAUGAAAGCGGCUAGAUGUUUUUGUCCCAUAUGGCACAUCCACAUCUUGUUCAAAGUUGUUGAAGUGGAGUUGCACAUGUGGAUACACAUGGACACUCAUGCAGAUUUGGUCCUGCAUUCAGUUGUGCAUCUGCUUGUUCAGUUACCUAACAUUGCCAUUUAACACAAGGGUUGUGUAAUCACAAGCAACGUAUAAUUAUGCAGAGAGUUUCUCUACAUAACUCUGAUGUCUUGGCCAAAAUGUGUGAGCUCUGAGCAGCCUGUUUAUCAUGUGUUCCUUCCUUUGUGGCCACAGUACCCUUGGCCUUGUUCUUUUCCCUGCCUGCUAAUAGUGUCAGCAUAGUGCACCAACACAAUUCUAGCCAAAAACGUCCACUGUGCUGACAUCAGUAGAAAUAAAGCCAUUCUGAAAUGGUUCCUUUGUUGCUGACAAAGAAUAUAAAACAGAUAGUCUCAAUUUCUCUCAUAUAUGAAGAAAACCAAAGCACACUUGGUGUCUGUUAGUGAAGAGAGUAGACAAUUGGUCAGCUACCUUCUUUUUUCUGAGGAAACAGAAAGGUUCAAACUUACAUCUAACGUCACUUCAGCUGAAUUGUCUGUUGCAAGUGUUUGUUUCCCAUUAAACCACACACAGCUACCAGCCUUGUGACCUAUGAAGUAAUACAUUUUUCUGCCCAACAAUUUUUGCUAUGGGUAAUUGAUCAAAACAAGAAUGCCAUUAUCUUUGGCUCUCUGCCCACAUUGACUAGACUUUGCAAAGCUAACGGGAAACCUAGCUUUGUGCAGAUGAAGACUGUUCCUCUUGCACUGCCUUUGUGAGUUUAUGCACAGUUAAAAAUUCAUCUCUAAGUAGGGUGUCUACAUUCAGACAGCUUACACAAAUGACUCAUACAUAGUAAUGUUCUAUGUAUUUUUUCCAGAACUUUGAAAAAUGGUGAGGGGGUGGUAGACUAUAUAUUGGUUAUGCAGUUUAGGGUUGAUGGGAGCUGCUGUCCAGUAACAUGUUCAGUUUGACCCUAUCCUAUAGUGUAAAUCCUACUGCCAGUUCCAACUAGAGUAAAUCAUUUAAAUCAAUGGGACAUCCCUAAAUGUUAACUUGCCACCCAGCAAUUAACUCAUAGGUCUACUCUAAUUGGAACUAGCAAGUGGGUUUAGGUUGGUUUAUUUAAUAUCUUGAAAGAGAUAAGUUUUAUGUGUUCAGCUAUGGACCUAAAACAUCUUAGGAGUGUACCCUGCUCCAACACACAUACUUAACUCUAGCUGGUAUUAUUUUAGAGAGAUACAGACAUGUAUGUUUCCCUUGUACCUCUGUAUGUCAUAUUUUAGGCUCUAAAUACAGAGGUUGGUAUUGCUUUCCUCCUGCUGUAGUACCCAAAGUUCCUGCUGGACUUACUGUGCAGCUUCUAAAGAUCACAUACAUGGCCAUUUUGUAUUUCAUGGAUAUAUAUAUGGAACUGGGCAGUAUUGGAGAAACAUCUGGCUGUGUCCCCAUAGCCAGUGGCAAAAUGAUUACCUCCAAGGACCCAGUAAAGCUCAGUAUUGAUGCAAUCAUUUCCCUUCUGCCAACAGGGACAUAGCCAGUUGCUUCUUCACUCCUGCCUACGUCCCAUGAAGCACAGAAUAGUCAUGAAGAGGUGGGGUGGGCCUCAGAGGUUGUACAGUAAAUUGGGGUGAUGGUUUUGUAUGGCUUGGCCUAGUGUAAGUAGAUAUAUGGAACCACUAUGCUAAACUGAGCCAUGAUGAAUUGUAACCAUUAUGUGUCAAAUGAAUCUCAAGAUACUUUGUCUCCGAUUGUGGCUAGGGGGAAAAACAGUGGACAAAAUAAGCCCUUGUACAUAAGUCUAGCUAAAUGUAAAAUAUAGAUCUUUUGGAGCACACAUGUGAGGGGGAUGCUAGUGAUAGGCUUAAACAUAACCUAUAAGCUUAAACACGGCAUUUAGUCACUGCUAAAUGUUAAAAUACAAUGAAGUUUGUAUAUUG